GCAAGAUUAUUGACAUUUGACACAGUAUAGAUAAAAGUUUAUUCUGUCUAAUUUAGUCUAUUCUGUGUUAAUUAGUUGACUGUUGAGUACAACAACAGUACAAGAUACAAAGUACAAGUAAGUACUAAACCGCAGUUUUGUUUUCUAAAUUCUAUUAAAUAAAUUAGUGCUUUAUAUUUUGUGAUAGUUUUUUUUAAGUCUAAAUACCCUUCGUGCAGUAAUAUUUCAAAGCAAACCUACGCAAUUUGGUUUGCAAUUGUAACAAAAUCAGCCUAAACAAUCAUUAUGGGAACCAAAUUUAGAUUUGCUAUUGAUCGAGGAGGUACGUUUACAGACGUUUAUGCUGAAUGCCCCAACGGUAAGGUACAGGUAAUGAAACUGUUGUCUUUGGAUCCAUCGAAUUACGACGAUGCUCCUCGUGAAGGCAUCAGACGGAUAUUGCAAUCGGAAACUGGAAUACGAAUGCCACAAACCGAACCAAUCGACAGUUCCUAUAUUGAAUGGAUUAGAAUGGGCACAACUGUGGCUACGAAUGCUCUUUUGGAACGUAAAGGAGAACGAAUGGCACUUUUAAUUACAAAAGGGUUUAAAGACUUACUACAUAUUGGUAACCAAGCGAGACCAAAAAUAUUUGACUUGGAAAUCACUACUCCGGAUGUGCUUUAUGAUGAAGUUGUUGAGGUAGACUGUAGAGUAAUUAAUUUAAAAUGUGAAAAAAGUGAUAAUUUGGAAUCCAUUUGGGGUGAUGUUCCAGUCGUGCAUGGGGUUACAGGUGAAGAACUAUUGAUAUUGAAACCAGUCGAUGAGAUAGCUGUACACAAUGAUUUAUUGUCAUUAAAAGCUAAAGGAUUCAAUAGUAUUGCUGUAGCUUUUAUGCAUUCCUACACUUAUACUGAACACGAGUUAACUGUUGGCAGAAUAGCAAAAGAAGUAGGUUUUGGUCACGUGUCUUUGUCUCAUGAUAUUAUGCCGAUGGUGAAAAUCGUACCUAGAGGUUUUACGGCUUGUGCAGAUGCGUAUUUAACUCCUCAUAUUCAAAAAUAUGUCCAAAGUUUCGCUUCGGGGUUCAAAAAUAACUUGAAAGACGUCAAUAUACUAUUCAUGCAAAGUGAUGGUGGUCUCACGCCCAUGGACAGUUUCAAUGGUUCAAGAGCUAUUUUAUCGGGUCCAGCUGGUGGUGUAGUCGGAUACACAGCCACUACUCCGUAUAAACCUAUUAUAGGCUUUGAUAUGGGCGGUACCUCAACGGACGUUAGUCGAUACGAUGGAACAUUUGAACAUGUCUUUGAAUCCAUUACUGCUGGUGUUACUAUUCAAGCACCUCAAUUGGACAUAAAUACCGUAGCGGCUGGUGGAGGCAGCAGAUUGUUUUUUAGAUCCGGCUUAUUCGUUGUUGGACCUGAAAGCGCAGGAGCUCAUCCUGGACCAACGUGUUAUCGCAAGGGAGGUCCAAUUACAGUAACGGACGCAAACCUGGUUCUCGGCAGAUUAUUACCAGAAUAUUUUCCGUCGAUAUUUGGCCCGACUGAAGACUUGCCAUUAGACAAAGAAGCGGCUCUAAAUGAAUUUAAAGCUCUUACUGUUGAAGUAAAUAACUUUUUAAAAAGCCAAUCGGAAAAUUCCAAGCUAAUGUCUGUUGAAGAUGUAGCCAUGGGAUUUAUUAGAGUUGCUAAUGAAGCGAUGUGCCGUCCAAUCAGAGCAUUAACCCAAGCUCGAGGAUACGAUACGCGGCUACACACUCUAGCAUGUUUUGGUGGAGCCGGAGGUCAACAUGCUUGUGCCAUUGCUCGUUCUCUGGGAAUUGGCCGAGUAGUUGUACAUAAAUAUGCUGGAAUUUUAUCGGCAUAUGGUAUGGCGUGUGCUGAUGUCGUUCACGAAAUACAGGAACCCUGUUCUGUUACGUAUGAUAGUGACAACUUUUCAUACCUUAAUGAGCGUAUUUCUACUAUGAGAAGCAAAUGUAUAGAGGAACUUAAAAAACAAGGUUUCUCAGAUAAUCAAAUCCGUGUUGACCCUUACUUGCAUUUACGAUAUGACGGUACCGACACUGCUCUUAUGUGCUCGGCAGUGCAAAAUGAUUCCACUUGCAAUAAUGCUAUACUCCAAGAUUUCUUGAUUGGUUUUCUUGAAAGAUAUCGCAAUGAAUUUGGUUUUACUCUUCCUGAUCGCAAAGUCUUUGUGGAUGACAUUCGUAUAAGAGGAAUAGGACAGACGUUGUUAGUCGAUUCGAAUGAAGAAACCGAGAAGGCUGAACAUAUCCCGUUUGCUGAAUCGACAACAAAAGUUUUUUUCGAAAAAUUGGGGUAUGUAAGUUGUAGUAUAUACUUAUUUAGUAAUUUAACUAAUGGAAGUGCAAUUACCGGACCGGCCAUUAUAAUGGAUAAAUUGAGUACGAUAUUAAUUGAACCAAUGUGUAAAGCUGUAAUGAGCAAGUCUGAUGAUAUCGAAAUUGAAAUUAACUGCGAUCAGUCUAUGAAAAUUGGCGUUGAAUUAGAACCAAUUCAAUUAAGUAUUUUUUCUCAUAGAUUUAUGAGCAUUGCUGAGCAAAUGGGCAGAAUACUUCAAAGGACAUCUAUAUCGACAAAUAUCAAAGAGCGGUUAGACUUUUCUUGUGCAUUAUUUGGUCCCGACGGAGGCUUAGUGUCUAACGCUCCUCACAUUCCAGUUCAUUUGGGUGCUAUGCAAGAAGCCGUUCAAUAUCAAAUCAAAACAAUCGGUGAUCAAAUUCAAGAAGGCGAUGUCAUCCUUAGUAAUCAUCCAAAAGCUGGAGGCUCUCAUUUGCCCGACUUGACUGUUAUCACACCUGUAUUUUACCCAGGACAGUCGAAGCCGGUGUUCUAUGCAGCAAGUCGAGGACACCAUGCUGAUAUUGGUGGCAUUACCCCAGGAUCAAUGCCGCCUCAUUCUAAAACGCUAUCCGAAGAAGGGGCGCAGUUUAAAAAUUUCUUUUUAGUACACCGCGGUCGUUUCUGUGAAGAAGAAGUUACAAACGCUCUUAUGGCGCCCGCAUCCAUACCCGGAUCGUCUGGUACUAGAAACCUCAAGGAUAAUUUGUCAGACUUGAAAGCUCAAAUUGCAGCAAAUCAUAAAGGCAUUUUCUUAGUGACUGAACUCAUCGACGCCUACGGUUUAGAUGUUGUACAAGCGUAUAUGUAUCAUAUACAAAAAAACGCUGAAUUUGCCGUCAGAGACAUGUUAAAGAACAUUGGUAUAAGUCAUAACAAAUCCAACUCUAAAUCGAAAAUGUUAAACUGUGUUGAUUAUUUGGACGACGGUUCGGCUAUAAAUCUCUCGGUUGAAAUCGACGUGGAAAAUGGAGAAGCUGUAUUUGAUUUCCAUGGAACAGGAUAUGAAGUAUGGGGUAACUGCAAUGCUCCGAAAGCGAUUACUCUGUCGGCAUUGAUAUAUUGUUUAAGAAGUAUGAUCGGUUACGACAUACCGUUAAACCAGGGAUGUUUGAAACCGAUAAAAAUAAUUGUGCCGUCCGGAACGCUUCUUGACCCGUCGGAGAAUGCAGCUGUUGUGGGGGGUAACGUCUUAACUUCUCAGCGAGUUGUAGAUGUAGUUUUGAAGGCGUUCAACGCUGCUGCUGACAGCCAAGGCUGCAUGAACAAUAUAACUUUUGGCCAAGACAAUUGGGGUUAUUACGAAACUGUUGCCGGUGGUGCCGGAGCUGGUCCUACCUGGACAGGUCAAAGUGGUGUCCACACGCAUAUGACUAACACACGCAUAACCGAUCCGGAAAUUCUAGAAAAACGUUACCCGGUAUUUUUGACAACAUUUACGUUACGCAAAAAUUCUGGGGGAAAUGGUAAAUACUUUGGCGGCGAUGGUGUUAUAAGAGAACUACAAUUUAGAUCAACUGUUACGUUAUCCAUACUUACCGAAAGACGAUCGUUCGCACCUAAUGGUAUUAAAGGUGGGGAAAACGGUAAAAAAGGAGAAAAUUUACUAAUCAAACAAGACGGAAGAAAAAUCAGACUCGGUGCUAAAACUGCAGUUGAUAUGGAGCCUGGCGAUAAGUUCUUGUUACUCACUCCAGGAGGUGGCGGUUAUGGUCCUCGAAUUAGCAAGAAUGAAGAAAUUACAAGCGUCGAGAAAAUAAAGAAAAUCCCCGUGAGGGAACAAGGUUCUUUGUACAACUAUCAAAUGUUACAAGAGUCGGCUUAAAUAUAAAUUCAUAAUUUUAACCAAUCUUUCGUCGCUAUUAAUUGACACCACUUAUCAUUUGUUGUUUGUGUGUCAUUACUCAUUACGGUAUGACUUUUUUUUUUAUUAUUGUUAUAAACUUCUUAUUUUUCAUUGAACUAAUCUCAUCCGAUCCAAAAAAUAUAUGUAACGUUUAAAUUAUAUUAUAUUUUUGGAUAACAACCGAUAUCUAAUGCAUACCUUAAUUAUUGCUCAAUGCCUAGUUACCAAUUUGAUUGUGAGGCAAUUUAAGUGUUUUAGAACAAUAUGCAUUUGUGAUUUUGUAUACUCUAACAAAAUUUAAGUUUUAUAUAUUAUAU